GAAUCAGCUGUUGUAAUUUUGACCACAUCAACUGUGCUCUACUUGUUCCAGUUUGAUGCUGGAGUUUCAUUUAUUACAAUAGUGCAUGAUACAAGAGAAUAUUUUAAAUCAAGUUUUACUCUAAAACGGAAUUACCGCGUUAGGAUAUGCAUUGCAAACCUAUCUUGACAUAUUCCGGAGACACCCGUCUAUUCAAAAGCUUAGAACCGCAUAUUAUCGCCGCGUUACCAUCGGACACUGCCGAAUGGAAACGGUCCUACGGACGUCCAGUAAAGAAUGUUCGCGUCGAGGCCACUUUUAAGCCGUUCGAUCCGUCGAAGUUGGAGAUGUAUAACACUGGUAACUGGGAUAUCGUAGAUCAUCCAGUCCUGCAUUUGUUCGUAACGGAGUGCAACGACGUCGAAGCUUACCGCGCAUCGGUUAAGGAGGAGAUUGACCAGUGGUUGAAAACGUUGAACAGCUACAAUGUUACCGACUGGAUGAUCGUGCUGGUUGAGACGUUGGAUAUCAAGAAAUCAAAAAAUAUUCUUCCCCGAACGACUGUUCUUGAUAAGAUUCGGUUAGAUUUUGCAUCCAAGAAUGGGGAUCGUUGUUUAUCGAUUUUGAACCCGACAAAAUUUGAAAUGAAAGCCACGGAAUCUUUCCGUUGUCUACUACAAAGAAUUCGUCACUUGAUGCUGACAGGAUAUAACAAAAACAUCGUUAAAUAUGAGGAUUUGAUUCGCACCAAUCGUGAGAAUCGAGUUCAGGAGAAUUGGAAUUUUAUAGAUUAUUUCUUACUGCAGGAACAACUUGCCUUUGUGCUUGAAAUGCUUGGUCAAUAUUCAGAAGCUUUGGUACAGUAUGAUGAGUUAGAUGCUCUAUUCUCUCAGUUCAUUCUUAACUCGGUCUACGGAGAGAAACAGAAAUGGUUAAACAUUUUUGAUCAGCCUCUCUAUGCUUUCCACGGCAUUUCGCCUCACCGGGCGAAAAUGGAGGAAACACGCAAGAAGAUCAUCAAUCAGUCCGUCAAUUUGUUAGAAUUUCGAAGUUACCUUUUCGAACGUCAAUGUUUGCUGCUGGAUGCAAACGGGAAGCCAUGGGAAAUUGCUGAACGACUGUUACCGUUUCUUUUCUCAACGUUGCGGGAAAUAGAAGCUUUAAAAUUGGAGACACCAGAAGGAUCUCUCUCUUGCUGGGAAUUUGUUUGUUCACUCGAGGUCCUUAAUCUGUGCGAUAAAGUUCAGGAAUCGAAAGAUAUCCACAAAUGCUCACAAUAUUCGGCUCCAAUUUGGAACCUAGCUAAGGAUAAACUUUACAGCUUGGGCAAACAGUGCGGUUUGUUACCAGGGCAAACUCCGACUUCCGAACAACUUCACACAGUUGUUCACUUAUCAGCCGGAAUGGGCGACACUAUACCGGAAUGUGGAAACAGUGCUCUGCUUGAGGUCGACGUAAAGGAUAAAAGGUCUCAUUCUCCGGCUCGAAAACCUAGGAAGUCCGCAACCGACAGUCUGAAAGAAGCUUUGGGAUCGAAUCAAGCGUUCAUCAAGUUGUAUCUGGAACUAAGUGAGUUGGCAAUCAGCACGUAUAAACAUGUUUCCCGACUGCGUUCCGCUCGAUUGGUUGGACUUGACCUAGGAAGCUUUUAUAUAACUCUCAAUGAACCUCAGAAAGCGGUCGGUUUCUUUACGGACCUGCUGCGGGAACUGAAAAGCGAAAAUUGGCACUAUCUUGCUAGUCAAACACUGUUAGAGCUAGCUUGUUGCUACCAGAAAAUGGAUGAUAGCGUGAAUUAUACCAAAACGUGCAGUGCUAUUUCGUGCUGCUUAGAUUUGGAACCACUCGUGCGAUCUUUCUAUUUUGGGGAAUUUCUUUCGUCACUGAAAUUGCUGAAAGAGUUGAGAAAUACCGACAUCAAUGCAUUGAAUGUAAUUACAGUUUUGGAGGAUCAUUUUCAGAUUAUUGACAUUUACGUAACACAGAAGUCCAUAAUUCAAGAUGACCUAAUCGUAGUCGUUCUAAAAAUCGAAAGCAACUUUCCCCGCGAGAUUAAUUGCGAACAAAUUCUGCUCUCCUUUGAAAUGGAUUCCAAGCAAAGUGCCGAAUCGCCGCUAUCACAAGUUACGCUAUCUGAGUUGUCAGCCGCUUUACCCUUCACAUUGCAUCUCGAUUAUAAGCAAGACGACACUUUAAGCUGUGCAUCAGUGGCCUGCAACAACAAGGCAAAGCAACCAGUUCGGAGAACGAGCAGUACUCGACGCAGGGUUUCACCCACUCAGCGUUCAGAUUUUACGAAUUGUGUUGGAAAUGAAAAAUUGCUUCUUCAACCGGGACUGAACACAAUCGAGCUGAAGGCUAAAGCAAAACGUGUUGGUGCUUGGUCCUUCAAACAAUUGGCUAUUCAAAUCGAUAGUGUUGAGUUCUUAACCGAGAGCCUCCCCAAUUCGCUACCGGGUUUCGAAAUAAUCACCAAGGCUUCCUCGGCUGUUUUGAAUUUUAUGAACCUCAUAGCGGGCGUGGAACAACCGGUGAAGCUUAUCAUUUCUGGAGGCAGUUUUCGAUUCCCUAAAGAUGCUAACAUUACGUUGAAAUGCUCGAAAAAUCUUAAAGUGCGACUCGCUUCAUCGAGUUCGCAUAAAAAUACCCAAAAAGCAGCGUUUCAACGCGAAUUAAUUAUCAGUUUGCAAGAUUUUCAAUCGUUCGAAGAACGAUCCGUAGAUUUGGAAGCUCUGUGUGAUCUACCCGGUAGACGAGAGGAAAAACCAAUUGAGCAAAAAGUCAUCCUCCAGGUUCCUUGGAGUCGAAAUGAAAUCCAAAUCCCGCUUCAUUUCCUGCCGGCACUGACUGCCUCCUGUCGGUUGCAUUCAUCGGGUUCGAGGAAAUUUCUACAAGUUAUUCUGAAAGGAGUCAGUGAGCAUAAACUUAUCCUCAAAGAUGCUUCCAUGUCAUGCGUUGCUGAAGGUGUAACCAUCAUCGACGUGAAUCCGAAGUCCCAAAAUGAGAUUAUCAUGACAAAAGGCUUAUCGAUAUCGUAUCUUUACGAAAUACAAGUAGAGGCACUGAAAGCAGAGAGCGAAUUAUCUGUGAUUCAUGUUGACUAUCGAAUGAACUUUGCUGACGUUAAUUUACCGGAGGACAAUCGUUACUACAUUCCGUACACUGUCACAUUCGAUGUGAUGGACUACACCACACUAUUUACGAUUUGCGCCAAAAUUGAACCAUCCUCCGAGUUGUGCCGAGUAAACUCCGUAUGUCAUCUGAAUCUCCGAAUAUCUAAAGUACAUGCUAACCCGUUUUCGGAUUUAAUGUAUGAAGUACUAGCCGAUCAGAAUAUGUGGGUGGUUGUUGGUCGAACAGCAGGAGUGAUUUCGAUGGAAGAAGUCGAAAGUCACAGUAUCACUUUAGACGUGCUACCUUUGACGGCUGGAUUUUUGCCGUUGCCAAACAUUCGACUGUCCAAGUACAUCUCGGCCAAUAAAUCUAAACCAGAUGCCCAUCCACGACUACAACCGUUCCCGCCGGGACAGAUUUACAAUUCGACCAAGAGCAUGCAAAUACACGUUCUUGCUAGUAGCAAUGCGGACGCCUAAAUAGUGUUUUCAUUAUUUUUGUUAUUUAUUACAACACAUUUUUUAUCUAAUAAAAUAUAUUAUAAGCGUA